AUGGCAAGAUCCUCAGGAACACCCAGCGACUUCAACAUCGUCCAAACCUACCGCCGCCUCCUCGCCGAAGAUGAAGAACUCACCAUGCCCGUAGCUGCCAUUGAGGCAUUGAUCGAAGGACUCGCCAACACACCCGCUAGUACCGUCUCCGAGACCCUCGAUCUGGUACAGAAGCUCACAGCGCAACUGAAACAAAGGAUACCGAACUCCAUCUCCCUCUCGGCCGGCACGGACCUGUUUCAGCAGUACCUCAUAUCGAACCUCCAACGACCCAGCGACAGAGGAGACUUCGACCAGAUACGGACGCACCUUGUACAGAAUGGGAAGCUGUUUGUCGAGCGAGCGAAGGCGGCCAGGGAGACUAUUGCGGGCUUCGGUCGGCACUUCAUUCGUGACGGAGACGUGGUGCUCACGAAUGGAGGGUCAAGAGUAGUGGGGUCGUUGCUAAGAAGCGCUGCGGAAUCGAGUAACAAUCGCGGAAGCAUACGGUUCAAAGUCAUCUACGUGAUCUCACCGAACAAAACGGCGGAGGAGGACGAGAGCACGGCGAACAUUGCUGCUUUGCGGGAGCGGGACAUCCCUGUGGCUACUAUCCCAUCGACAGCUGUGGCAUACUGUAUCGACCAGGUCACGCAGUGCUUCGUGGGCGCAGAGGGUGUGGUGGAGAACGGCGGCAUCGUCAGCAGAAUGGGGACGUACCAGAUCGGCAUGCUGGCGAAAGCGGCUGGGAGGCCUUUCUACGUGGUCAGCGAGAGCCACAAGUUUGUCCGGCUGUAUCCGAUCAACCAACAUGACCUAGGGAUUGAGCAAGAUGUAGUGGACUUCAAGACGUCGAAGGGUUCGGUCAAGGACGACGGUGCUGCUGAUGUGCGUGGAGGGGACGACGAGGGCGUCGCGGACGUGGAAGGGACGGAGAGAAGUGGGACGAAGGGUGCUAUCAGCGCGCCGCACGAGGCUGUCGAUUACACGCCUCCGCAUCUGAUAUCGGGCAUUAUCACGGAGUCUGGGGUAUUGCUCCCUUCUGCGGUGAGUGAGGAGCUCAUCAAGAUAUGGUUCUGA